GAGUAAAUGGGAAAGAAUAGCAAUGUUACAGAAUUUAUCCUGCUGGGUCGCACUCAGGAUCCUGCUGUGCAAAAAGCAUUAUUUGUCAUGUUUUUACUCACAUACAUUGUGACCAUGGCAGGCAACUUGCUCAUUAUAGUGACAGUCAUUGCCAGCCCCUCCUUGGGCUCCCCAAUGUACUUUUUCCUUGCCUAUCUGUCACUCAUGGAUGUUAUUUAUUCCACUGCCAUCUCACCCAAGUUGAUUAUAGACUUACUCUGUAAUAGAAAGAUCAUCUCCUUCAACGCUUGCAUGGGCCAGCUCUUUGUAGAACACUUCUUUGGUGGAACUGAGAUCUUCCUUUUGGUGGCAAUGGCCUAUGAUCGCUAUGUUGCCAUUUGUAAGCCACUGCACUAUUUGACCAUCAUGAAUCAACGGGUUUGUAUCCUCUUGUUGGUGGCAACCUGGGCUGGAGGGUUUGCACACUCUGUGGCUCAAGUUCUCUUUGUUUAUGACCUUCCUUUCUGUGGUCCCAAUGUCAUUGACCACUUUGCCUGUGACAUGUAUCCAUUAUUGGGACUUGUGUGCAGUGACACCUACUUCCUUGGUCUUACUGUCAUUGCCAAUGAUGGAGCAAUCUGUAUGGGGGUCUUUAUUAUUCUCUUAGCUUCCUAUGGAAUCAUUCUAAACUCUCUUAAGACUCACAGCCAGGAAGGGAGGCGCAAAGCCCUGUCCACCUGCAGCUCUCACAUCAUGGUGGUUAUCCUAUUUUUUGUCCCUUGUAUUUUCAUGUAUGUUCGACCUGUUUGCAAUUUUCCUAUUGAUAAAUCUGUUACUAUUUUUUAUACAGUUGUCACUCCCAUGUUGAAUCCCCUAAUAUACACCUUGAGAAAUUCAGAGAUAAAAUGUUCUAUGCUAAAACUCUGGUCUAAAAUGUUGCAUAGCGAUAGAGUAAGGAAGUCUUGUUGUUAA